AUGACACAACCGACUGGCCCAAUGGACUACGAUUUGUGCAGUUCCAGAAAAAACAACAGCCAUCACUCUGGAAUCAAGCAGUCACCUUUCAGAGCCCUGUUUGGAAGUGAGCCGAAAGUAGGUCUUCGUUCGUCUACCCUUCCCCCUGAAAUACUGGAACGUCUGGUCACUGAAGAUGACCUCCAUGCAGCAUUCGAGCCGUCUACAACACCGUCAGCAACACACCAGCAGGACCAUCCAUCCUCUGCAGAGUCAUCAUCAUCAGAGAUCUCACAGAUUGAGGAGCAGCAUCAAAACAGCCAGCUAAACCGCAAGGAAGCUGCUGAUGGACGGUUUGCUCAAGCUGAACGCAUGGUGAAACGCAGUCGUUUGGAACAUGUUGCUGGAAAUCCAGGUGAUAAUGUGACAAUACCAAUCCCCCUUGUAGAUCGUGGCAAAGGGGAACCCCGAAAUAUCAUGGGUGUUAUAUUGGAUGGAAAUGAGAAUGACUUGUAUCGAGUUGCUGUGAGAUCUGGUAUCCUGAAGGAACGCUACUGCAGAAGUCAAUAUGACUUGAGCGCUCAGAACAAUUUGUCCAUGGUUGAUGUACAAACUGACAAAGAAAUUGGACUGCGUCAAGCUGUGCAGCAAGAAUUAGUCUGUGGUGGUCAAGGAUACACUAAGUGCAAUUGUGCGCAAAAUGCUAAGCAGUGCAAAACCAUCAAAUACAUGAUGGAUUAUCUUCAGAAGGAACCAAUGCCACAAAAUGGUUUUAGUUCAAAGGGCGUGGGAGAGCUCCAUCUCCUGACCACAUGA